AUGAAAACUUGCGCUGUACAAAGUAAAAUACAGUGCGUACUUAAAACAGCGGUAAAACAAACUCCAUCGAGUAAACGCCAAGGACAAAAUUAUUGUGUUGAAGCUACUCAAGAAAUUUGUCUAGAGGCAGAAGAAUGCGAUUUUACCAAGGCCAUAGCAAGUGAAAAGUUUGAUGGAACUUGCUGUCAUGUAAGAAUUAAUAAUGGACGGUUAAUGCUAUGGGCUAGGUUGGAUAGGAAACCAAGCAAAGGUGCCGAUAAGAGGUUUAAAGCAUAUCAGAGAAAACAUAGAGAAUGGAAGCUUACAAAAACUGGUGAAGAGCCAAUUUUUCAAUGGAAGUUUCCAAAUGAUUUAAAAACUGUUCCAGAUGAAUGGAUUCCAGCAGAUGACAUUAAAAUAGAUGAUUUCACUAAAUUUCCAAUCCCUGACAAAAACGGACAUAUCCCAGGUUGGGUUCCAGUUGAAAGUACGAACCCACAAUACUGCUGGCACUCGUCAGUCAUAGAUUAUAACACUGGUAUGGCAUUGACUUUAAAACUAUCUAGUGACACCAAAAAUGGCGACAAAGCAGUUGAAAUUUCACCAACGCCUCUUGCUGAUCUAGACAGAAAAACUCUCGAAUUGAUUGGAACUAAUAUUAAUGGAAAUCCAUAUGGUUUGGGUAGCAAAAGUAAGCCUUUCCAUGUAUUAGUUGAACAUGGUUGUAUAUCUGUAUUAGACUUACCUCAAAGCAUAUCAUAUGAAUCAAUAUAUACAUGGUUUACCUCCAAUUCUCAUGCGUCUGUUGAAGGAAUUGUUUGGCAUUUUUCGUCAGGUAAAAUGUUCAAGUUACAUCGUCACCACUUAAAGUUGUCAUGGCCGCAGAAUGAUGUGAAUCCACUUUUACGGGACCGUCCUGUGAUCAUAAAAACUGGCAGUUUGCCUUCUAAAGAAAAUUCUUCUAAUUCAAAAUCUAUGUUUAAUUAUUUGUUUUCAUUGAAUAGUACAUCGUUUUCAAAAUUUCGAGAUAUUUUUGAAAUUAGUGAGUCAGUAAAUGGUGCUGUUUAG